AUGACAAAACGACUUCUUAACAACGACAGUGUCGCUCGCAAAAGACACAAACCCACAACCGAUUACCACCAACCGCAGCUCAGCCCCCGUACCGCUGACAUUAUGACUCGUUUGCAAAAUCAGAGCCUUUACGAAGAAGCGCGGGGCUUAUACGAGGAAAGCCAGCGCUGUCAAGACAAAGGAGAUGCCAAAAGAAACACACUCCUCUCGAAAUCGAUCGUGCUUUACUACUUGCGAUCAAUCAUGUCUUUGAAGCGAAAGAAGACCGAUGAAACUGAACUUGUCCCUGACCAGUCGGGCAUGAGCGACACCCAGCUUUCUAUCUCUUCUCUUCUUCAACAGCAGCGUCACCAGGCGCUUGACAUUCUCACUCGGCUUGAAUCUCAGCAGAAACAGCUGGAGCUUUCCCGCGAGAAGGAUAUGGAGGAUCUGAAGCAGGAAUGCCAACGCCUUCGUUCAGAGAACCAGAAACUGCACUCUCAAAUCGACUCCUCUCGUCCUGCAAGCGCCAACCCUACAGCACCAGGUGCACCUCUAUCAGGUGCGUCUGUUAUCCAGACCGGGACUGCGUUUGGAUCUUUGUAUUGUGAAUUCGAACAGGUCGCCAAGCAUGCUCUGGAAUUCGAUAUCAACGGCACCACCACCAGAGAAAUUGGGGUCCUCUGCCAGGUGCUUCACACCGAAUCUUGCAGAAAUAACCUGAAGCGCUUCAUGCAAGCCCAGACCUGCGUUACCACGACGCAUCACCAUUGUCUCAGGAAAAGUUGA